AAACCAUGGCCGAUCCUCUCUGUCUUCUUUGCUUUAGCAACUUAUGCCUUGCUUGCUUUGGUGAGUAAGCCUAACUGAGGCAAAGCGGCAGCCAAGAGCAGCAUCAUUCAGAUUCAGAAGAAGUGGCAAGUAAUUAAGUAAGCCUCAGCCUCACAAACAAAUAUCAAAGCGAAGCAAUCGAAUUUGACAAAGAGAGAGAGAAACAGUGAGAGAUCGCGAAAUGGCGUUGCAGUGGAUGAUACUGACGUACGUGGUGGCAGCAGAGGCAGCCUUGGCCUUCCUCUUAACCCUUCCUGCGCCCAAGCUCUUGAAGAAUCAAUUCGUGUCGUUGGUCUCUCUCAUCCUCCAACCUGCCCUCUUUAUCGUUCCAUUCGCCGGCUUUCAGCUCCUUGAUAUAUAUUGGAAGAAUGAGCACCGCCUGUCCUGCACCUCUGAGAUCUGCACCGCUGCUGAGCGUGACCGCUAUGAGAAAUCCAUCUACAAGGCUCAAAGGAAUGUAAUUCUUUGCGCUUCAGCAUGUCUGCUUUACUGGUGUCUUAUUCGCAUCUGCAAAUAUUACAAGGACAUUCAGAAAUUGGAAGAAGUGGAGAAGAGGUACAAGGAGGAGUAGCUUUUCCCAGAUAGGCUCUUGUUUGGGAGUAGAAACAACCGAGUUCAUAUUUUUUUUUUCGUCAUAAAUGGGAAACCGAUGUGACUUUUAGUAAUAUUGUAGUGUCUUCACUUUGUGUGGUUAAUUUGUUAGUCAUCAUCUAGUAUGUGUUUCUGGCACGUUUUUCUCGUAGCAAGCUCAAAUAUACUUUUUGUUGUCAACUAUAUAUGAAAAGUAUGACAAUUAUUAUUACU